AAUUGUGUUGAUCAAAAGCAAUUUAACGCAAUGGUUAACUAACACUGUGUUAACUGAGUUAAUCACUUGGUAAUCACUUGGUUACCCAUAAUGCACUUCUACUUCCUAUGUAAACAUGGAGAGCACUGACUUCUGCUCUAAACCUAAGCGGGCUAGAAGCCAGAAUUUCAGCAUUAUGGAGAUUAGCACAAUUCAUAAUGAAGUAAAACAAAAUCCUAUAUUGGAAAGUAAACACUCCAACACUGUUACUAAUCAGAAAAAGCAAGCGGUGUGGAAAAACAUAACCGAAAAAGUCAAUGCCGUGGGAACAGCUCACAGGACUGUUACUGAGGUGAAAGACAAAUGGAGAAAUAUGUGUCGGGAUGCUAAACAGAAGUUUGCUGAACACCACAGGGAGUCACAAAGGACUGGAGGAGGUCCACCACCUAACCCCCUCUCCCAGACAGUCUCAGACAUUGUGGAUCUUUACAAGGACUCCAGUUCCUUUGUAGGAAUUCCUGGAGGAAUUGAAACUUCUAUCUGUGAUAAAACAGGUGUAAUAUUAUGA